AUGGCUUCUGGAAAAUGUCCGUUUUAUCUCUUGAUCCGGCUGAUUCUAAAUAUGAUGGUAUCAGUGACUAGCUCCGGAAUACAAUCAAUUGCUCAAAUUCGGUUCGAUCCUCCCUAUAUUCAUGAUCUCAUGGCUGGUACCAAUAAAACAGUUAAAGUAACUGUUGAUGUGGAUACGAAUCGUCAGGAAUUUGUAAAAUUACCGCCCGAAAAACCAUUUGCAAUUAUUCUGAAAUCAGUUGAUGAAGAUAUUGCUACAGCAGCGAAAGAACAAAAACAGUUCAAAUUGGGUGAAUAUUCAUCGAAGAGAAACGAUUCCGAAACAUACGAAACAAAUAUCACACUUAUCGGACAUUUCCUUGGUAAAACAGCUGUAAAAGUACGCUUAUUGAGUAUGAAUGAAACUGUGGAUGAUGAUCGAUUUUUAUAUGAAAUAGACAAAAACGAAAAUAUUUUUGAUCAAAACAACACGCUGGAUGUUUGGGUUAUUCAGGAUAACAAGCGACUUGUAAAUCGGUUAUUUCUAUCAACACUGGCUAUUCUGAUCAUCAUCGCCAAUAUGUUGAUGGGGUGUGAGCUUGAUGGGCGUAUGAUGCUGGAAGUGAUUAAAGAACCCGUAGCACCGAUGAUCGGUUUUUUCACACAAUUUGUUGCAAUGCCUUUGCUUGCUUGGGGUAUCGCAAAUGUUGUAUUCACUGCCAGAGGUUUGCAUUCUUUCGCACUUGGUUUAUUUGUUACCGGUUGCGUACCUGGCGGUGGUGCCAGCAAUUAUUGGACUCUUUUGUUGGAUGGCAAUUUACCAGUGUCUCUAACAAUGACAUUUUGUAGCACUUUAGCAGCUUUAGUGAUGAUACCGUUGUGGAUGUGGCUUUUGGGUUUCCACUUUCUUAACAGUUUCCAUCCUGAAGUAGUUAUCAAAGUUCCGUACAUCAGAAUCGUCUCUUCUUUGGUUAUAAUGAUAGUGCCACUAAUUUUCGGUCUUACAAUUUCACAUUUCAAACCAGCUUUACGACUUCAGGCUCGAAAGAUUAUGCGUCCAUUUAUUGUAUUCGUCUUGGUUUUUUUAAUUGGUUUCGGAACAGUAGCCAAUAUAUAUAUGGUUCGUUUACUGACAUGGACAACUGUUAUCGGUAGUUUAUUGCUUCCUUGGUGUGGCUUUGCGAUUGGCUGCUUCACAGCUGUUAUUCUUCGACAGUCGCCACCCAAUGUCACUUCUAUAGCAAUCGAAACUGGUAUUCAGAAUACGGGGAUAGCUAUCAUGCUGCUGAAGUUCUCGUUUCCUGAUCCGGACGCUGACAUUAGUGCACUGAUUCCCGUUAUUUGCGCAAGUAUGACACCAAUACCGCUUCUGUUCAUUGCAGCGAUACAUUGGCUAUGGAAAAAGAUAAAAAAGAAGAGGGAAAGUAGGGACAGUAAUGAUCUCGGAGAGGCAGUAGUUAAAAUUGAUUCAAUAACUAGCAACUCCAAGAACAGUAUUACUGCUGUUAGGUACAAAUCCAGUCCAAAUGAUGACAGUCCGUUAAUGAAUAUUAGUGGAAAACAAAAUAUUAUGCAGGAAAUCUCACUUUCUUAA